AUGGAUGACGUAAUCGGCAGCAUUGAUCUAUGGCACUCCGUCGCCUUCAAGUUGGUCAAGAUUAUUGAGGAAUUCCAGUUCAAGUCAGGAAAAUCAGAAGACAUCAGGAAUAUUCUACGGCUUGGCCGGCCUAAGGAAAGCUCUGAUCCCAGAGACAAAAUAUAUGCACUACUAGGGCAUCCCGCAUUCCAAGAACUUGGCACUGGACCUGGGAAAGACCAAUUCAUUCAUAUAAGCUACGACAUACCUUAUCAAGAUCUCUACUAUCUUGUUGCCGAACAGCUGUUAAAGCUUCCAAAUCCCCUUUACGUCCUAGGCCUUGUUCAGCAUACGGCCGCAUCUUUCAAACAAACCGAUAUCUCAUGGGUGCCACAAUGGAACAUAAAUGCCUACAUUGGCGAUUUGGAGCCUUUGCCUUCGAGAUGCCACUUCAACGCAUCCGCAGAGACUGCACCUGUGUUCAUGCUAAAGAGCAAAAUCCUUCAAUUACAGGGUAUUGCAAUAGACACUAUCAAAUGGAAUGCAGAACCUUUUGACGAUUUCUUUAUAGGGGAGGAUAUUUGGCACUGGGUCAAUCUUAUAGCACCCAUCUUCUAUGACAUACGGACCCACUUGGAUGGCUUUGAUAGUGCCAUACGCUCUCUUGAAGAGCCAAGUAUCCUUUCUAAACUUUUUUUCGCGCUCACUACCGGCAUUACUUCAUAUCCACAACUUCCGUUAAAGCAGAGAGUAGUAGACAUGAUAGUAUUCCUAGAGCAUAUUGGUUUUGAUUGCUCGAAAUGGAUACAACAUAAUGGUAUAGAGGGGCACGGAGAACUUACACGUUUUUUGAGCGAUAUAAUAAAUUCUUGUAUUGGUCGAAGCUUUUUCAUCACCGAGAACGGACAGUUCGGACUAGGACCGGAGAUCGUGUUGCCGAGCGAUUUGGUAUGCGUUUUUUUCGGCGCCAGCGUUCCCUAUGUCCUGAGGCCCGUAGGUGACGGGAAGUACCGCAUUUGUGGAGAACGUUAUAUGGACGACUUCAUGGACGGAGAGGCCAUAGAGAUGUUGAAGUAG